AUGCCGAAAGUUCGUUACUCAGAAAAAGAUUUACAAGAAGCAAUCAGAAUAUAUAAAGAAGGUUUAAAUUCUGGUCAGAAAAUCUCCUAUAAUAAAUUAGGAGAAAGAUUCAAUAUACCUGGUGGUACAAUUAGAAGUCGUAUAACGAAACCUCCGAAAUACCCAAUUUUACCUCCUAAACAAAAGGUUUUAACUCCUGAAAUGGAAAGCGAAUUGACAUAUUGGAUUCAUAAUGAUAUUUUACAAAAUCAAAUAUAUUGUUCAAGAGAAUUUAUUAGACAAAAUGCUGAAUAUAUUUAUAAACGUGAAUUUCCAAAUGGUAAAAUAACCUUAGAUGACAUUAAUUUUUUUUUUGAAGACAAUUCAUAUUUAAAAAGAAGAUUAUCUGAACAAAAUAGAAUUAGAUUGGGACAAUCAGAACUUGACUAUAUAGAAAAAUUAGAAAAAUUUCUUGAACCUCGUUAUAGUUUUCGGGAUAAACCCAGACGGGGAGUAAAUAUGAAUGGAUUUGUCAAUAGAUGGCAUCUAAGAUUAAUAGAUUGGAUAAUUGAAAAUGAAAUACCAGAAAAUAGAAUAUAUAACUUAGAUGAAACAUGUUUUGAUUUGAAUCCUGGGUUACACAAAUUACAAACGAAAUAUAUUGAUGAAGAAGAAUUUUCGAAAUCAAGAUAUACAAAAUGGGAUUUAUUAAGUACUAUAAUGAUAAUAUCAUUAAGUGGUGAAAUUUUACCACCAGUUAUAAUAUAUAAAGGAGAAGAAUUAAAUUUAAAUUGGAUAAAAAAUAAUCCUAAAAAUUGGUUAUAUGGAGUAACAAAUACUGGUUGGAUUACACCUGAAUUAAUUAUGGGUUUAUUUAAAGAUUAUUUUUUAAAAGCAUUAGAUGCUGGUAAAGAUAGACCACCAAUAGGAUUAGUCCUAAAUGGAAAUAUACUGCAUAAAACUAUUGAAUUUCAAAAUUUUUGUGAAUUAAAUAAUAUAAAAUUACAUUAUGUACCAACUCCAUCAAGAAAUCUAAAACAACCAAUUAAAAAUUUAAUUGAAAAAAAAAUAAAACCACAGUGGAAAGGUUUAACAAAACCCAUAAAUAUUGAAAGUGCACCAAGUUUUGUUAAUUUAAAAAUUCAAUUUAAUUAUAAUUAUAAAUUAGCAUUGGAAAAAUUAACACCAAAAAUUAUUCAGAAUGCAUGGGAAAAAUCCGGACUUUCAAUGAAAUGUUUGAAAAAGACAUUGGAUGAAGAUUUUGUAUCGCAAGUUUUUUCAUAA